UGAAUUUUUCUAGGGAGAGAGAGAGAGAGAGAGAGAGAGAGAGAGAGAGAUGUGCGAGCUUUCUCGCCGGAAUUUCUACAUCGCGAUCGCGUAGGAUUAGGAAGAGGAGAAUCUUAGGAAUUUGCGUCCGUGGAUGCCGAUGUUGGUGUUUUAUUGAGGAUUUUGUAGUGGUUAUAUCCAUAUGAAGCUAGAGUGACAGAACCAUGGGCAUUUCAGGCAAAUGGCUGAAAACAUUGGUCGGGCUAAGAAAAUCGGAGAAGUCUCACGAUUUGGCAAAGUAUGAAAAUAAGAGGACCAUUGCUAAUAACUCUUGGAACCAGAGGAAAAAUUCUAUUGAUCUCAAUGGUGCUGUUAUCCAUGAUGAGUACUCUGGAGAGAAUGCUUCACAAAUAAGAGAUACUAAUCAUCAGUCAAAUUCUAAUUCUGUGGCUUUAGCUUCUACCUCUUUCAAUGUUCAAGUUUCUUGUCAAACUGAGAAGAUUAAGAAAGAUGAAUGGGCUGCCACAGUUAUACAAAGUGCUUUUCGAGCUUUUCUGGCUAGGCGAGCAUUACGAGCAUUAAAAGGCUUAGUUCGGCUUCAAGCCCUUGUCAGAGGCCAUGCUGUUAGAAAACAAGCUGCAAUAACUCUUCGUUGUAUGCAAGCAUUAGUGAGAGUCCAGGCACGUGUCAGGGCAAGACGAGUUCGAAUGGCUUUGGAAAGUCAAUUGGGACAGCAGAAACAUCAGCAGCAACUUGAACAUGAGGCUCAUGUUCGAGAAAUAGAGGAGGGAUGGUGUGAUAGCGUUGGAUCUGUGGAACACAUUCAAGCAAAGCUUUUAAAGAGGCAAGCAGCUGCUGCCAAGCGGGAGAGAGCCAUGGCAUAUGCCCUCUCUCAUCAGUGGCAAGCAGGUUCUCAGCGGCAGCCUGUCCCUCCAGGGUUUGAACCAGAUAAAAGCAGUUGGGGGUGGAACUGGUUAGAGAGAUGGAUGGCUGUUCGUGCUUGGGAAAAUCGGUUUCUUGACAUAAAUCUGAAAGAUGGGGUGACAGUCCAUGCCACCGAAACAUCAGAGGGAAAUAAUGAUACAAAGACUGGGUUAAAGCAUUCUCUUAAGAAACCUGUUUCUAAACUUAAUUCUAAUUCUCCAAAUCAGAAAACUGGUCAAUCUAAUUCUGAGGGCAGUGGAUCUUCUGGCAAGUCUCUGAGCUUAAAGAAACCAUCAGCUUUGCCAUCAGGCAAGGCAAAACCUAAAUCAUCAUCAGAGAGAGAUGGGGAAGCCAUCACCAGAUCAUCUGGAAUGGGUCCUCAGUCUCACAGCAACCCAAGGGAGAGAUCUACACCAUCAAAUUCUCAGGCUAAGAAGCGAUUGUCGCUUCCAGUCAGUGGUGUCGGAGCUGGAAAUCGCCCUGCCAACAGAAUGUCAACCAAUGUUAAGAAACCCAUCAAAGACACCUAGCAAAGUAGCAAACCGUACUUCAAACCCUCUUGCGACAUGAUAACGUAUCUUGUGGACUUCAUGCUGAUGGUCUGUAUAUAAAGAUGGCUGUUGCAUGACUGGGUUUCCAUUCUUAUGAUUUAACCGAAGAAAUCAGGGCAGGUUACUUUGUUCAAUAACAUGGUGAGAGCUCAUUCCACUGCUAUAAUAUGAUCACUAUUAUCAUCAUCAUCAUCAUCAUCAUCUGAUAUUUAUUGCUCUUUGGUUUUCAAUUGUUUCUACGCUCAUUGUUUGAGUGAAAUACUAAAAAUGAUAAUGACAUUUGCGUUACGGAAUGGUUAAGGCUACACUUAAAUUUGGUUACAGUAAUAACUAGUACAUCAGCCAAUUUAUUAAGGAAACUACAAAAUUGCUGAGUUUUGAUCAUUGUUCAUAAUAAUUGAGUGUAUUUUAGUGUUUUUUUUUUCCCUGAAGUUAAGCCAUUUUAGCCGUGAAAAUAACUAU